AUGGAAUCACAGCCCACAUACCUGAUCAUUGGCGCGGGAGUCUUCGGUGUCUCCACUGCCUACCACUUGAUCAAGAAGUACCCUAAUACACAUAUAGGGCUGAUUGACCGAACACGAUACCCCUGCACUCUUGCCGCAUCUUGGGACUGGAACAAAGUCAUUCGUGCCGACUAUGAGAUUUUGAAGAACUAUGAGAAGCUUGGUGUGGAAGUCGAUGAGGAGAUGGUGAGCAUAGAACGCUGCAAGAAGAUGUACAGUUCUUUCUAUGAUGAUACCGACUUCUCUGGAGCUGAAGAAGUGUUCGUGAAUAGAGACAGCGCGUGGGCUGAAGCUACCAAUGCUCUGACCGCUUACAAUGACGCUGCGAUUGAGGCAGGACUCAAGUAUACCGCAGCAGACAUCGACGUGCUGACCUUCGGUACUGAUGGAGGAGGUACCAGAUUUUUAACGAAAGGUGGUGAAAACAUCACAGCACAUCGCAUCAUCCUGGGUACCGGUGCAAUAACAGCCAAACUAAUCGCUGACAGCGCUCCGAAUAGAAGCGAGCUACAAGUCCACGGGCGUCUGGUUGUCGGGGCAGUGGUCACUGGCCUCGUCGAUCUAGACCCAAAGAAUGGUCAACAUUAUACCGAGAGACCAGUUACAGUACAUUCCGUCCUACCAAUACGAGGGGAGCUCAUACCAAUAACAUCGCGCUUGUCGGAUAAAGAUCCAUAUACCGUCAAGUCCUGCAGAGACGACGCCUACAAGAACACCGUCAAACACAAGGCGUCAGGACAAGGGUUCUCUUCUCCCCCAGGUGAGGCCGGCCAGGCGCAGAAGCAGCCGGAUGAAGGCCCCCAAAAAACGACAUGACCUCGCCAAGAACGGUAUACUGGGUGAGCCCGAAAAGAAGGUUAUAAUUCUACGAGUAUCGUGUUUGCUGAGAUGCUGUGACACCAACCCAAGACUUCAUCAUCACAUCGCACCCACAUUGUCAAAAUAUAUAUCUCGCGACAGGCGGUUCGUUCCAUUGAUUGAAUUUUAUGCCUACGAUUGGUCACUACGUUGUGGAGAUGCUGGAUGGAACCCUAAACCCAGCUCUUUCCAAGCGAUCGGCGUGAGAUCGUGAGGACGAGGGUGGCGCACAUGUCUACCUGCUCCCUACGGUCGAGCUACGAGACUUAGGAUAGGUGCGAUGAUUACCACCAAGAGUGGCUACACGUCACAUUCCACAAAACUGUUACCAAG